CAUUAUUAGAUUCCUGCAAGGUAAAUCAAUUCUAUAUUUAACUACACCAAUCAGAACAUCCAUACCACAUCCACCAUGGGCUACGAUUUCACCGUCUUCAAAGGAUCCAAAGAUGGUUCCAUCCAGAAAGCCACCACCCACCGCGACGAUCUCCAACGCGACCAAGUCCUCGUCCGCCUCACUCACUCCGGCGUCUGCUUCACCGAUGUCCACUACCAACACGCAGACAUGGCCCUAGGCCACGAAGGUGCCGGCGUCGUCGAAGAAAUCGGCCCUGAGGUCCACGGACUGCGCAAAGGCGAUCGUGUUGGAUGGGGCUACCAACAUGACUGCUGCGGUCGAUGCGCCCAGUGCCUAACUGGUUGGGAGACAAUGUGCCCGGAGCGACAGAUGUACGGAAGUGCCAACCUCGACCAGGGGUCAUUUGCCACGCAUGCUGUGUGGCGCGAGUCGUUCUUGUUCAAGAUCCCUGAUGGAAUUUCCAACGAGGACUCCGCGCCGCUGAUGUGUGGUGGCUCGACGGUGUGGAAUGCAUUGCAUGUGGGUGGCGUUAAGCCGACCUCACGGGUUGGUAUUGUUGGCAUUGGUGGGCUGGGACACUUGGCUAUUCAGUUUGCGGCGAAGAUGGGCUGCGAUGUGGUUGUCUUCUCUGGUAGUGAUAAUAAGAGAGAAGAGGCGCUGAAGCUGGGUGCGAAGGAGUUCUAUGCCACCAAGGGUGCGAAGGAGCUUAAGAUUGGGAAGCCAUUGAACAAUCUGAUUGUUAGCACGAGUAGCCAGCCGGACUGGAAGCUCUAUGUUAAUGUUCUUGCUCCUGGAGCCGUCAUUUCGCCGUUGUCAGUGGAUAACGAGGACUUCAAGUUCCCGUAUAUGGGCCUUUUGGCGAAUGGAUUGCGUGUGCAGGGAUCCAUUGUUGCCGCGAGGCAGGUACAUAGGGAAAUGCUUGAUUUUGCGGCGCUUCAUGGUGUGAAGCCUAUUUUGAUGAAGUAUCCUCUCAGUGUGAAUGGCGUGAACGAUGCCAUAAAGACAUUGGAAGGCGGGAAGAUGAGAUACCGUGGGGUUCUGGUUGUGGAGUAGAUGCUCACCGAAGAGUGUGUUGGUGUUGGCGUGGGGGUAGUGGUCACUGUAAUCAAAAUGGCGUUUAUUUGGAAGUCUAUUGGGUAUCUUGUAAUUACUGCUAUGGAAAUAUGAUGCCGAGAUUUGUCGAAAUCGAUAUUGGGGUUUCAUGAACAUUGGCAGUCUCCCGAGUUCG